AAGGAAAUUGCGUCUAGUCGGUCCAAUGACAUGAAAGGUUACGGAUUAUUUACACGGAAGCUGAAAGUGAGGAGCUCUCAGACUAUUUCCAAGGAUUUCAUAAUUCUUAAUGGACUCGGUGUUCAGCAAAACGCGCUGUUAAUUCAUAGAGCAUCGGCAGAGUGAAGCGAAUCACCGACAUGGCGGUGGAAGCAAAUUCUCUGGACGGCAAUGGCAAGGUUUGUCGAAUCAUCCGGAUCGGAACCCGCAAAAGCCAGCUGGCUCGCAUCCAGACUGACAGCGUGGCUGACAAGUUGAAAGAACUGUACCCUGACGUCCACCUGGAAAUAGUUGCUAUGUCAACGACAGGAGACAAAAUCCUUGACACAGCUUUAUCAAAGAUCGGAGAGAAGAGUUUGUUCACCAAGGAGCUGGAGAACGCUCUGGAGAUGAACGAGGUCGACCUGGUUGUUCACUCGCUGAAAGACCUUCCCACCGCUCUGCCUCCAGGGUUCACCAUCGGAGCCGUGCUCAAGAGAGAGAACCCUAAUGACGCAGUGGUUUUACACCAGAAACACGUAGGGAGAACUCUUGACACCCUGCCAGAAAACAGUGUAAUCGGCACUAGUUCACUGCGCCGCGCCGCUCAGCUGAAGAAGAGAUUCCCCCACCUGGAAUUUAAGGAUAUUCGUGGCAACCUGAACACACGUCUGAAGAAACUGGACGAGAAGGAGGACUUUGCUGCCAUCAUCCUGGCUGCUGCCGGCCUCAGGAGGAUGGGCUGGGAGAACCGCAUCAGUCAGACCCUGGAGCCUGGCGACUGUAUGUACGCUGUUGGCCAGGGGGCUCUGGCGGUGGAGGUCCGGGCUAAAGACACAGACAUCCUGGAGAUGGUUUCGGUCCUCCAUGACCCUGACACCGUGCUGCGCUGCAUAGCUGAGAGAGCCUUCCUCAAACGCCUGGAGGGGGGGUGCAGUGUUCCAGUGGCUGUACACACUGAAGUGAAAGACUCCCAGCUCUACCUGACGGGGGCCGUGUACAGCCUGGACGGAUCAGACAGUCUGAAGGACACCAUGCAGACUAGCAUCACUGCUGCUGAUAAGAGCCUGGAAGAGGUGGAUGAGCGGGUCCAGCGAGUGGGAGUCACGGCCACCAAGAUCUCAGGUGAGGUCAAAGCCCGUGCGGAGCGGCUGGGGGUCGACCUGGCCGACCUGCUGCUGAGCAAAGGAGCCAAGGAGAUCCUGAUGGUGGCCAGGCAGCUCAACGACACCAGAUAAUCCUCCUCUGCUGAGGGGCAGGGGCUCUUAGAGUGCAGUCACACACAGCCUUGUGUCAAGUAAAAACUUGACUUCCUUUUCAUAUGCACACAUAUUUGUUUCACGUUUAACUAGAGCAAACAGUUCCAGACAGUGCAGAAACGUCCUGUAGCACCAGGUGGGCUCAGUCAGCAGCACAUAAAAGGCUGGGGAUUUCAAACACUACUUGGACAAAGUUGUGCUUAGUGGGGUCCUGCAUCUUGUUCAGAGUCGCUGCUGGAGGUGUUUGCAGCCUGCUCUUACACUCAGUAGUUCACAGAACCACCUCCUGAGCUGAGCAGAACCCCGCCUCUCUGGGAAACAAAACAGCCUUCACACCUAAUAUUAUCAUCAGUAGAUCACGAGUGUCACUAUAUUAAAUGCAAUGGUAGUGAAAUUCAGCUUUCUCAAAUAUUUUCCCCCAAGAAGGUUUCAUCCAUGUCUACCAUUGUCUAGCAGGUAACAAAGAGAAGUUCCAGUAGUCUCUCUCAGCUGCUACUCAUUUAGAAAAGCUGAAUUUGAUGGGGCCAAAUAUGAGUUUUUCAACACCUGGUUGAACCAGUUUCUAGUUGGGAGUAGGUCCUGCUGCACUGAAACGGGGCUUCUUUAGAUGUGAAACCUGAGAAAUGUUAAAUUCAGUCCCUCAUUCAUCAGCUCUAAUCCACCAUCAUUAUAACUGACUUUGCUGAACCUCAUGUUCACAAGUACUUGCUCUGGCCCUAUCCAUUGCCGCCAUUGUCUAUGGAAAAGAGUUUUAUUGUUAAAACAAAAGAACUUUUUCCAACAUAAUCUUUAUUCAGCUCAUGUUGAAUGUAACGUUUCCAGAUUUACCAGGUUUUAACUGAGCUAGCUACCUGUACUACAGAGAGAUUAAAUUUAGUAUAUCUGAUGUAUAAACUGAAAGGAGCAUUUAGUUUUAUUGCACAUGUGGCACAGCUAGUGACACUAAGUUUGUACAGCUUCAUGUGUUCAUGUCACUGGAGCUCCAGGCCCACAGCAGCCCUGUGCUGUUCUGCUCUAAGUUGAAAUGUGCACUGAGCUGCUGUAGAGCUACACUUAGGCCUGUUUAUGCUUGGCUAAUAUUGCAUCUUCAAAACAUGGAUGCAAAAUCAGUAAAAAUAGGUUUCAGCACGACACGAGGUGCAACUGAGUUUAUGUUUAAGUGUAAAUGUCGUAUUUGGCCUUUUUAAGGAGGAAAGGGCAUGAAGGCAGACCUACUAACUGUAGGUUGAGUUGUCAUACAGAAGAAGCCAAACAGACCUUAUCUAAAUAUCACAGAUUAAUACUACUGUCACGCUCCUUACACUCUUAAGAAAGUGGCCAUUAUAGGCUUUUUCAUGCUGACAAUACUUGUAUGUAGUGUUGUAGUAUAAACACAACUUCAACAUUUUAUCAGGUUACAUCAUUUGUUUAUAAAACUAUUAAACAUUUGCUGUAAUGCUCUAUUGCAAGAUGCUGUGCUCCACAUCAUGACUGAAGUGCUUGCCAGAGCAGUAAGUGCUCAAACUUUGUGGCUACCUAUCGGAAUAAACACGUCUGGACUGCUGCUGUUUUUCUUUAUUGUAGUUU